AUGGGGAAUUGUUGUGGAGGCCAUAAUUUGGCAAAUGCGAAUUUUUAGAUCGCCAGUUACGAUCUGUAAUUCUCAGAUCCCUCGAAAUUUGACUUAGUACUUCUCAAUAAGAAGGCUUUGUAGAUUUAGAAAUUAUUCAGAGGUUAUGUAGUAAGAAAGAAGAUGAAGAAAUAACAGACAAAGGCAUUGGCACAGACAUCGGACGAGAGUUUCAUUUAUCAAUAUCGAGCGAAUCAGAAGGAAGAUGUUAAGAACAACCAAAAUGUUUUAAAAUUUAACAUUGAUGGUUAAUAGCAUAUUCCUGUGUUUAAUGUAAAAGAAGUUAAUAUCAGUUCGAAGUACUCAGAUAAAAUUAAAAGUGUUCUUGAUAAGUUGGAUCCAUUUAAUUUCAAUUAAGAUGCCUAGUUUUUAGAGUACCCUUCCUCAAAACCACUGCUGAUUGGCGAUGUUAUCUACGAAGGUCAAUGGAACAAUUGUUAAAAACACGGGAGAGGAAGAUAGUUUUGGAUUGAUGGGUCAUAUUAUGAAGGAUAUUGGUUCAAUAAUUGUUAACAUGGCAAAGGCAGGUUGCUAUUGGCCCAAGGAGACAUUUACGAAGGAGAUUGGAAGAAUGAUAAAGUUCAUGGUUUUGGUACUUACAUUCAUUAGAAUGGAGCUAAGUAUUAAGGCUAUUGGGAGAACGAUAAGCAGCAUGGAAAGGGUAAGGAGUUCUGGCCAGAUGGAGCUACUUUUGAAGGAGACUACAAGAAUGGAUAGAAGAACGGUGAGGGGAUCUUGAGAGAGGCUGAUGGAUCGGUUUAUGAAGGGGAGUUUUAGGAGAAUAGGUUCGAAGGUCAGGGGGACUAUAAGAUUGUGGGUGGAAAGAGAUAUGUUGGACAGUACAAGAACAAUAAGAUGCAUGGAAAGGGAACAUUUUAUUGGAAAGAUGGCAAGAAGUAUGAGGGGGACUAUGUCAAUGGUGUGAAAUAAGGAUAUGGAGUGUUGUAUUAUCCGGAUGGGAGGAUCUUUAAAGGCUAUUGGUAGAAUGGGAAGCAGCAUGGGAUCGGGAUUUAUAUAGGGAAAUCAAAGGUGGAGAAGGAAGGGGAAUGGAUUGAUGGGAAGCGAGUCCGAUGGAUAAGGAAAGGAGGAGAGUUUGCUAUUAAUGAAUCUUGA